GUGACCAUUGCUUUGUUGUUUUUAUUGGGGACACACUGGCAAACAGCUGUUUGCAUCGGCAUUUCAUUGUAACGACUACGCGAUUUGUGAAAUUACUCCAUACACCAUGUCGGUUAUAUUAAGACGCAAUCUGCAGGUGCCGCAGCUCUUGAAGCAGCUAAGCUACAGUAGCAGCGCCAAAUCAAGCGGCGAUGCAACUGCCACUGUAAAAACUGUGCCCAAAAAUUUGCUCGAGGAUAAGCAAACGGCAAAUUUGCAAAAAGAGAAUGGCGCCAUAUUUGACAAGCGGCCAUUUAAGCUCCAUCUGGACAAAGAUAAAACCUAUAGCUGGUGUUUGUGUGGCAAGUCCAAGUCGCAGCCACUGUGCGAUGGCAUGCACAAAAACGAAUUCCUUAAGAUAAAGCUAAGGCCUAUUCGCUUUAAGGUGGAAAAGUCCGGCGAUUAUUGGCUGUGCAACUGCAAACAGACGACACAUCGUCCCUUCUGCGAUGGCACCCACAAGCAGCCGGAAAUUCAGGCAGCCGUUAAAUAAUUCUCACUUUAGCUGUUAUUAAACUAAAAGGCAUUUUUUGUAAAUUUAUGUAUUUUGAUGAAGAAAUGAAAGAAAUGCAUGAAGAAGCAACAAAAUUUUUGAAUCAAGCAACACAUUUUUGUUUCGUUUUUAUUAUUAUCUAGAUUCUUGAUUAUAUAGAACGUUAUUUUUAUACACGUACACAAUUCAUUUGAAAUGCUUAUGAUUUAUGUAGUAGGCCCAAUAAUAAUAUACAUUAAAUGUAUUACUCUUUUUAUAUCAAUUGCACUUUGCAAUUUCACAAGCAUCAACAAAAUAUUUACAGCGUUUUGCAAAAUUGUUAAUAAAAAGAAAUAAAAAAUGUGUGAUCCAACCCAACAAAUAAAUAAUAAACGAAAAUUAAUUGGUUUAGAAAUUAGAAAGUUGCGUUUGUUUUUAUUUAAAUUUUUUAACGUUCGGAUUGUUUUUUUUUUACACAUAAAUAUAGAACUAAAAAGAAUUGAGAGCAAAAAUGGCUUAAAUACUACUAUCUUCAUAAUAUAAUGCUCGCUUGCAUUUGUUUUGUUUGCUUUUUGUUAAUGAAAUUGAAAGAAAUUCAAAAGAAAUCAAAUAGUAUUAUUAUAUUAUGAAUGCAAGUGCCAUAUUAUAUCAUAUCUCAUCCGAUCCUAUCUCAUCUCAGCAUUCCCCAUGCAUCAUCACUACGAGUACUUCACAAUGUGUACACAACUUUCGGGACUGUUUACCACAUAUAACAACACUCAAAACGAUUACGAGGAUUGAAUUGUUAUUUAAAAUUAUUAAAUUCAUAUUUUUUUUAUGUUUGCUUUUCUACAUCAAUCGUACAAUAUACGAUACAGGGAUAAACUAAUUUAUAAACGUCUCAUCAUAUAAACAAUUUCUCUCUCAGAGUACUAGCAUUUGUUUUCUUGUUUGCUUUCUUUUUAUUACGUUUACCUACACAACAAAUGAAUUUAGUUACAAAAUGUCAAAAAGAAAAUUAUGAAAAUUUUACCAUUUAUCUCUCGAACUAAACAGCAAAAACAGCAAGCGAAUGAACAUGAAUUUCUAAAGACAUUAAUCGCCUGUGAUUAUUAUUUGUGAAUAUUGUAUUAUAAUUACAGGGAGCACAACAUAACACACACAGCUUUUGGUCUUUGAAAACGAAAAUUGAGCAGUUUUAUCGCAUUUUAUGUUAACUAAAAUGUGUAAUACAAUUAUUUUCAUGUUCAAUCAGAUGCUGUUGUUUGCCAUUUAGAUAUCUUACUUGCGGUAAACACAUGAAAGUUAAAUAGAAAUUUUGAUAGAUUCUGAUAUUGUGUUUUAGACCCGAAUGUUGAUGCGAUUUGUUGUGUUGUGUUUUGUUUUUUCUUUGUUACAAUCUGCUGCCAACUAAUGUACAUAUGAAUGUAUAUGCUGCUACUGCUGGUUUCAUUAAUAACGUGUAGGAAUCUAUAUGUAUAUAGUAAAUCCCUAACCCUCCUCCUAUUGUGUUGUGUAUUAUAACUGUUCGUUGGUUAAUUGGUUCCUUGUUGUAGUUGUUGCUUCUGUAGUAGUAUUGUUUAGUGUAGAUUUU